AUGGAACCCUCUCCGGUGGUAAACAUAUCACUGCCUACAACUAUCGCCAACGGCAAGUUCAAAACAUCUGAUACCAGAAGGGGAAAUCAAAAAAGUCUGAGAAGGAGGGAGACACUAUUAAAGAAGAUUUUCGAGUAUUGUACAGAAUGUGAUGCCGACAUCCACUUCGUUCUCCGAAUGAAGAAGACAGGCCAACUAUACACGUUGACUUCGAACACCAAAGAGUGGCCUCUAUCUACAGAACAAAUAGUAGGCUGCUCCUCUUGUUUUCACUCGUUAAUUCAAGUUUAUUGGACGCUCACAGAACAAGGAGUCAAAUCACCCUGA